UCUCUGCCCCACCCCACCCCCUCCUCUCCUCCCCCUCAGUCUCUUCCUCCCGCCCUCCAACCCGUCCCCGUGUCCCAGUAAAGCGCUUUGAGCUCCGGGACUCGUCCUAGUAGCCUAACGCCGUCAGAUGGAAACAUGGCGACAGAGUUCCAUAACCUCCAAGAGUUGAGGCACAGUGCAUCUCUGGCCAACAAGGUGUUCCUGCAGAGAGACUACAGUGAUGGGACCACCUGCCGCUUCCAGACCAAGUUCCCUUCUGAGCUGGAGAGCAGGAUUGAGCGGCCGUUGUUUGAGGACACAGUGAAGAGGUUGAAUAUCUACUAUGCGGAGGCAGAGAAGAUGGGAGGCCAGUCCUACCUGGAGGGAUGUCUGGCCUGCGCUACAGCCUACCUCAUCUUCCUCUGUAUGGAGACACGCUAUGAGAAGGUGUUGAAGAAGAUAGGCAGGUACAUCCAGGAGCAGAAUGAGAAGAUCUACGCCCCGCGAGGUCUACUCAUCACUGACCCCAUCGAGAGGGGCAUGAGGGUCAUAGAGAUCUCUAUCUAUGAGGACCGAGGCUCCAGUGGCUCCUGCUCAGGCUCCAGCUCUACGUCCGGCAGCAGUGCUCGGUGACCGGGUACAUGUCACCUCCUCACCCCUCCCUGGUCCCUGGAAUGCUACACCCAACCACAGUGUUUGGUGACUGGGUCCACGGCACCUCUACUCCCCUGAUCCCUGGAGCUCUACAACCCUGGUCCCUUAGAGAACCACCCCGACAGCAGUGCUUGGUGGGCUGGGUAUGCCUCACCUACCGCAACCACAAUGGCCCUGACCGUAACAAACUUGAGCUAACCGACCGAACAUUCGAUCGCAACUGAACCACAUGGACCAAAGCAGAUCAAGCUGAAUCUAUCAACGUUGGGAAUACUGACGAUUUAAAAUUGCAUUUUGGUUUCGUCCCAAAUGGCAGCUUUUUCAGGCCCUGGUAAAAAAGACACUAUAUAGGGAGCCAUUUGGGACACAAGUCCUCCUAUAGUGCACUAGUUUGGGGCUCUGGUUAAAAGUAGUGCACUAGUUUGGGGCUCUGGUUAAAAGUAGUGCACAAGCUUGGGGC